AUGUCGCGCCAGCCCAUGAGCAUGGAGGCCAUGCUGGACGAGGAGAGACGGGAUGUCCUGGCUCUGCUUGAGGGCAGCGCCGCCCGACCCAGCUGGAAGGCAACCUCUCCAGUCUCUGCGCGCUCGCCGUCGCCCUAUACCUCGCCCCGUUCUCCCGUGAGGAGUAUGCUGGAUAUUGGCGACGAUGGAAUCAAGAAAAGCCCGGCCAGGACGACUGUCUUGCCUGUCCGCAGUAUGCUGGAUAUUGAUGUCCCUCCCGCACCAGUCAGGAGCAUGCUCGACAUCGACACAUCUGCGCCGAAACAGGCUGCUAGCGCUGGCCCUAGUUCCCCCGUAGAAUCUCGCGCACCUCAUCCUAGGACCUUUUCCGACUCUGCAGGGCCCAAACCCAGCUUUGGGCCGCGAGCGCCCGUCAACAGGCUGAAUCCUACCAUGGACUACCAGUUCUCCGAUAUUGCUACGAACAACCUCGGACAAGCUAUGCCCAAGCGUACCACCCAGACUGUAAAGAAGCCGUCUGCUAUGGCCGAUGUCAUGCGUGGCAACGAAAUACCCGGCAUCGUUCUUCCCGGCGACAGAGCCCGUCACAGCUCUAUUGCGUCGAAUCCCGUUCCCAGGAACGCCAGGAGCUCGAGUAGAGGCCACAACAGCAAGUCCAAGUCUCCCCACGGCCGAUUUGGCAUGCGAUCUCCUUCUCCCAACGUCAGUGGUCGAUUCCAGCAGAUUCCCGGAACCGCUGUUCUCGACGACGGCAGGGUGGUCGACAUCACCACAGCCUACCGUAAGCUGUCCGAUGCCAACCUAGCGUUCAAGGGAGGCGACCUGGGAGAGCUGGCGGCGCGCAAGCACUCGAGCGCCAUUGAGCGCAACGGAGGACGAAUGGUCAAAGACUACCUCAGCCCUGACGGCGAGCCAUUGGAGGAGAGCAGCGAUGAUGAGGGCAGCUAUUCGGAUGAAGAGCAGAGAGGACGUAAGAUGGCACCUCGUGCUGCAGACCACAGUGGCAAGUCUCCCGCAGGCGACAAGGGCGAUCGCAAGACAUUGAGUCUGCUGGCCGCAGCCGAAGAAGAGCGCAUCGACGUCAGUUCGCAGCCACAGUACCAGUACAAGUCCUUGUUGGACGACCCGCAAAUCACCCUUACAACACCUACAGGCGAGAAAACCAAGCCAUCAAAGCCAGGCGUACAUCCUACUACGGCAUUUGAUCAAGGCCCAGGCUCAGGACCCGCUUCGGCAGUCAACUCCGAUGAUGAGGAGGCGCUUACGGAUAUCAAGAGAGCGCAAAGACUAGCCUUCCGAUACCAAGACGUGCGGAACCAGAGUGAAUUCUCUCGGACGCUCCUAACUUUCUACCGUGGAGAAUGGGAGACGAUCCAAAAGCAGGCUGAGGAAGAGCACCACAGGUUGAGAAAGUACUUGGUGGCCACCGACCUCAGCGACGAGUCGACCCAUGCCCUGGAAUGGGCAAUUGGCACGGUUCUGAGAGAUGGCGACACCCUCAUCUGCAUGUACUGCGUGGAUGAGGAGACGGGAAUCUACUCUACGGAGGAUGUUAUGGUACCAGACGAUCCCAAGGCACACAGAGAGCAGGCGGCCGCCAUCAACGCCGUCUCCAACUCGAGGACGCCGCCUCCGACUUCAUCUGCUCCGUCGUUCCCACAUCUAGCCAGAGCGUCUGCGUUGAGUAGCGAGAACGGAACCCCGUCGCCUGCUCCAUCAAGCCGUGAGCGCGAUAGGGCCGAAGAGGAGCGGCUUAGGGCAAUCAACGAUAUUACAGAACGGGUCACCAAGCUUCUCCGAAAGACGCGGUUGCAGGUGCGGGUCAUAGUCGAGGUCCUCCACUGCAAGAACCCGAAGCACCUGAUCACUGAGAUCAUUGAUCUGGUAAACCCUACUUUGGUGAUUCUUGGCAGCCGUGGCCGCAGCGCACUGAAGGGUGUCAUUCUGGGAUCAUUCUCCAACUACUUGGUUACCAAGAGCUCUGUGCCCGUCAUGGUGGCUCGCAAACGAUUGCGGAAGCAGAGCAAGUAUAAGAGGCCUAUGAAGCAAGUUAACAUGAUCCACACACCGGGAGCUAAGAGCCUAGCCAACGCAAAGGUUGACUAG